AUGCUCGUUGUUGGUCUCACGGGUGGCAUCGGCACCGGCAAGUCGACCGUGUCCAAGCUCUUCGCCGAGCGUCACAACCUCCCCAUCAUCGAUGCCGACGUGCUGGCGCGCGACGUGGUGGCGCCAGGAACCAGCGGGUACAAGCUUGUCGUGGAGCAUUUCGGCGCCGACCGCGUGCUCCUCGCCGACGGGGUGAGCCUGGACCGCGCGGCCAUUGGCGACAUUGUCUUCAAGGACGCCGAGCAGCGGAAAUGGCUCAACGGCGUCAUCCACCCGCGGGUGAAGAACGCUAUGGUCAAGGGCGUCCUCAAGGCGUGGCUGUCGGGCGAGUGGUGUGUCAUCCUCGACGUGCCCCUCCUCGUUGAGGCCGGGCUGUGGAAAAACGAGAAACUCCAAUUCACGCGCCUCAUGGCGCGCCCGCAGACCCCACCUCUCACAGAGGAACAGGCCAAGAACCGUAUCGCCGCGCAGCUGCCCAUGGCCGCCAAGCUCGAGCACGCCACCACUGUGCUGGACAACAGCGGCACGCUAGCCGACCUCGAUGCCCAGGUUGACCGCGCCGUCGCCCGCUGGAAGCGCCAGCAGGGAGGCAACACGGGCUGGUGGUGGCGCCUGUGCUGGCUCGUCCCGCCCGUCGGCCUCGUGGCGGCCUGGGUCAGCCUGCUCACGACCUGGCUGCGGUCGCGCAAGCCCCGCAGGCGCACGCGUGGCGAGGGCGGAGGCGAGCGGUAUGAGAUGAAGGAUAUGAAGCGGAAGCCGUCGGCUGGGUCGCGCAGCUAG